GAUAGCAAUUUUCUUGCGUUCUUGAAUAUGUCAACUUGAUACAGAACUCCAAAGACAAUAUAGGAAUUUGAAACUUCACGCGAGUGAGUAAGGCAAGGCAAGUCAAGUCGAGGAUGGUCAAAUGAAUAUAAUCUAUUAGUCUAAGCUAAACACUCGAUACGAAAUAAAUGCCGGAUGUAACAUCACACUGCUUUAUGACUGAUGGGGUAUGGAUGUGAAUAUUGUGUGUCACCUCAACCAAAGCACAUCAUGUAUCUUCCCGCAUACAUACUUGGGACGAGAUCCUGAGAUGUCAAAUUAAAUUUGGAAGUCGACGAUCUUGAGAGUUUGAGCACCUGGUGAAGGUCAGAAUCUUCAGGAACCACAACGGACUCGACGAGAAGUUUAGUAGACAAGAUUGACGUCUAUAAACCGAGAUAUCUCUUAUCUAUCUCUUAUUUUCUGGACUUUCUUGACCCCGAAGAUGCGUGGUUCAAAGGUUUCGGCAACCUACGUUUGACCAUGAAUUUCCACGACGGGAAGGUGCAUCUCUUCGUUUGAAGUUUAUUUGGUACUUGAGAUUGCACCACCCUCGGUUUUAUUUCCAUUCCAUUUCAAUGCAAAAGUCCAGUGCAUACUUCACUUGAUUGUCCAAGUUCUGAAUUUGAACAUGAAAUAAUUCUUCGACAGUAAUUACGACUUACUGCCGCGCCGCCUUCUCUCCUUUGACAUUUCAAGACUUACGUCCAUUCGAUUCUUUUUCGCCAAAUCAAUCUUUUUCAACCAUCACAAUGAUACACAUCCGCGCUUUUCCCUUCACUGUGCUCUGUAUCAGCAUUCUCCUCUUCAUGGUCUUCCUCAAUACAUCCACGCCUGCCUACUUAACACACUAUUCAUCUGACCUUCUCCAAAAAUAUAGACCAGUUGGACCAGCUCAUGGAUCCUCCGAUAUUUCAAACAGCACACUUGGUUUUCAAAAGAUUUUUGCAGUGGGCUUGCCGGAACGAAGUGAUAAGAGAGAUGCUCUCACUUUGAUUAGUAGCUUGACAGGGUUUAACAUCGAAUGGGUAGAUGGAGUGAAGGGGGAAGCAGUUUCUGAUAAAGCUGUACCAUAUGGUGCUGAUAGAGCGAACUUAUGGGAGUCGAAUUUGGGAAGUUGGAGGGGGCAUAUGAAUGCUGUUCGGAGAAUCGUCGAACAGAAUCUGACAAGCGCACUGAUAUUUGAAGAUGACAUGGACUGGGAUACCCGUCUAAAAUCUCAACUCCUUACCUUCGCAGCCGGUUCGAAAUUUAUUCAAUAUUCCUCCACUAUACUCUCACAUCUCGUUUCUCCCUAUGGUGAUGACUGGGAUUUACUCUGGCUUGGUCAUUGCGGCGAAGUAUUCCCUGAAACUCUCGACGAAUAUAAAUCGCUUUCUCCCUCCUCUCCCGAAAUUUCACAUCUCUCUCGCAAAUAUAUCAUAACUUCUGAUACUACUGUCCCGCCUCCAAUACAUUUCAAAGGAUUCCAAAAUGCCACACAAAGCCCCUAUACACGAUGGGUUCACGUAAGUGGAGGCCCUAUCUGUACUUUUGCAUAUGCGCUCAGUCAACAAGGCGCAAGAAAGGUAUUAUGGGAUUUAAGCGUGGAUAAAUUAUCAGGGCCAUUUGAUAAUGCCUUAGCGGGACUUUGUAGAUGGGGACGGGAUUCAAAGAAAUUGGGAAUGAGAUGUAUAAGUGUCACACCGGGGCUUUUUCAACAUCAUAAAGCAAGAGGUUGGAUAGGUGGAGAUUCGGAUAUUCAGAAGGUGGGAAGUGCGAAUGGGGAGGUGAGGGAAAAGGGGGUUACGGAAAAUGUGGUUUGGAGUGCGAGGAUGAAUGUGAGGGAAAUAUUGAUGGGGGAAAAGAUUAGGGGGCAGUGGGAUGAUGAGGUGGAUAAAUAGAUGAAUGGACUGAAGGAUGUAAUGUGGAGAGAGUAAAAUACUUAGGGUGCGUUCGGAUCGAUUUAUUUCGGCUUAUUUCAAUUAUUAGACCUUAUUUAUUUAUCAAAUAAUGCUUAUUAAGCU